UAUUUCAAAUAAGCACACGAUUCUCACCAAACACACCCGCAUUCACACACUAAACAAUUCAAUAUUUUCUUUAUUUGUUUAAACACACACUUAUGGUUUUUUGCGCCACAUGCGCAGGUUCUUAUUAUUUCUUAUUUCAAGCGUGCACAAAAAAAAAUGUCGCCAUAUAUCCUCAGCUCGGAGCGGCUCACAGCACCACAAACAGGAAUGCAUCUCUAAAACGCUUUUUUUUUUUUACUUCCUGCUAACUUUUACGCAUUCUAACGUACAUUUUAACAAGUCUUGUAUUUUUGCACUGUUUACACAAAACAAAACUAAAUCGGAUUUCUGGUAUAUCGUUCUCGUACAAAUCCGGAACUCUUUUCAGUCGGUAUUGUUGCAGGUCGGACUCUGAAGUUGUGCAACAGCGUGUCCGGACUUCACAACAACGCUGUAAUGUAUUUCCUGUAACAAGCGCUGUGUAUAAAUAAAAAUAUAUGAAUACGGUUUAAUCCUAAUUUGCUUGGAAUAUGUUUUAAAGCGUAUUUUUUUAAUAUUGCGCCUGUUUUAACUGUUUCAAAAAAAAUCUUAAUGAACCUGUACCUUGCAUUUUGAACAUGUUAGUUAGUUACAGUAGCAGCUCGGAAGAAGAAAAUGAAGUUUCCAAUAAAAGAAAACAAAGGAAACCAGAAAGCAGGUUUGGGUUUCAGGUGCAAAGAAAAGGAAGCAAGGAUCAGGUCAGGACUCUGUGCCUCGUCUUCCUCUUCCAUCAUCCGUCAAGGAGAUGUUCAGAGACUCAGAAGAGCAGCACAUAGAGGACAGCUCUCAACAUGGAGGAAGACUCCGGUCUUUCCAGCACGAGAGAGGCAACUGGGCUACUUAUGUUUAUCUACAAUAUGAGCCUGACGACGUGUUCCUGGAGUUGCUGGAUGAGCUGAUGGGUUGUGCUGCAGCCCGUGGCGUCACCUUGACCCGGGCCGAGGAGUUUCACGUCAGCUUCUCUCAGACAUUGAUCCUGCGACACCACUGGAUUCAGCCAUUUGUUCAGGCGCUGCGUUCUGCACUGGCAACAUGCAUGGGAUUUGUGUGUCUAGCAGAUAAACUGAAGGUUUACUCCAAUCAAGAAAAAACGAGGACUUUCCUCGGUAUGGAAAUUUCUACAGGUAACAUGCAGCUACUUGAGGUUGUGAAAAGAGUGGACGCAGUAAUGGAAAAGUUCAACCUUAGCACUUAUUAUGAGGAUCCAUCGUUUCACUUGAGUCUGGCGUGGUGUGUCGGUGAUUUCACUGAAAAACUGCAGAACACGUGUUUACCAGAGUUGCAGAGUCUCGUGGACGGCCAUGAAGACGGACCUUUUCAGAUAAGGCUGAACUGCAAGGAGCUCCGCUGCAAGAGCGGGAAUAAAUUCUUUCUGUUUCCGUUGCAGUGACAGACAGCAGUUAGGAGGAUUUUUGUCACAGCCACAAGCUACUAAUAGUAACUUUAUUGAUGGUGUGAUGAAUGUAAAAUUUUACAGUGUGAAUGCUUUAAUAAACAUUAUUUCUUACUUAAACUUA